GUUCCCACCCUGCUGUGGGGGGCUGGGGGAUGAUGGGGGGGGGACAGGGCACCCCCUGACCCGUGUCCUGCACACACAGGGGUGUUCCAGCUGAUGAGAAAGUACGAGUGUCACUUCAUCAAUGGCACCGAGCGGGUGAGGUUCGUGAUGAGGCACAUCUACAACCGGGAGCAGCUCCUGCACUUCGACAGCGAUGUGGGGGUCUUUGUGGGAGACACCCCGUUUGGGGAGAUCCUGGCCAGGAACUACAACAGCCACCGUGAAUAUCUGGAGUUUAAACGGAGCCGGGCGGAUACGUACUGCCGGUACAACUACGAGGUUUACGGCCCGUUCAGCGUGGAGAGGAGAG